AUCAAAACAAAUUACUUAUAAUGUUUUGUGAUUGUUCCAUCUACUAUUAAUAAUAACCAACAGCUUUUGUUGUCAAAUUUUAGAAACAAAAUCCUUUCAGAAUGUCGAAGAAAGUGUCUUUAACAAAUUAAAAUUAAUCUUCUAGGUUGUGGGUACGAAAAAUACUGUUUAACAUCAUGUCUUUCUUAAAAAAAAUACUUAAAAAUAAUCAAUUUGUAUGUGUCUAGCAGCAGCGCCUCUAGCAAAAUCGUCCUCGGCUACAUCCUGUAGCUCGACCAUGACCCAGCAAUCAGGCUACCACACCCCGAUCGACGAAGAGGAGGAGGAACCCGCUCCUCUAACUCUAACGCCCCGCAGCUCGUUGGCCAAUCCCCAAGCUCCUCCUUCUCCGUACUCCGCUGUAAUGACGGUUUCUCUAGAAGGCUAUCUAGAUCCGCAUCGCAUAUCGUUCUCCUCCCCUCCCAAUUCCGAAAUGAACCCGCGCAUUUCUUCUCCCGACGACAGUUUCCCGGUUUUCUCUCCACCGCCUUAUACCGAGGCUCCGACUGUCGUAACCGAGAUAGCGGCGCAUAGAGGAGAAACGGAAGAGGAGGAGCGAACGGAUAGAAGGCGGAGCACUAUAGGACCGCCUUGGAUGCACGGGAGCUUUAUCACGCCCAGGCAGAGCAUUAUAUCUUAUUCAUCAAGGUCGCCAUUGAGUCAUCACGAAUGUAAUUUUAUUAACGAAUCUCUUCUAAAGCAGUACAUAUGCUUUGAAGUUUGAAUUUAGUUGGCCUUUCCAG